AUGAGUGUUGUGUUCGAGCAAGUUAGAGAUAAAUAUUUUAGUGACGAUGAGUGGGAAAAACUGCCGGAUGCAGAGAAAAAUCGGCAUAAAUUGAUGUACGAAAAUUACACGAACUGCGAUGAGGAAUACAAAAUUCGUAAAAAUCCAAUCAGAAGGGCAAAAUUGAAGCCGGUCAUUUACGAAGAAGUACCGGAACCGAACGAUGACAGAUACGUUUUUUGCGAUAAAUGUGGAACGGACAACGUAGACUUCUGCAAGAAAUGUGGCGUAUUAAGGUUAAUAACAGAUAAAAAAGUGGUAAUGGGUGUUGAAGAUAGGGCAAAAAAAACUCUACCGUCGUGCCUGGAAAUACACGAUUCGCCUAUACACAAUUUGGGGGUGUUUGCCAAGGAAGACUUGGAAAACAAUCUCCAAAUGGGCCCAUACGAGGGUUUAGUUACCGACAAGGAUAAUGCUGAAGGAUAUUCGUGGAAAUUAAACAACGGGACUUUGGUAAAUGCUAUGGACGAAAAGAAUUCAAAUUGGUUGCGUUAUGUGAAUUGUGCCAGACACGUGAAUGAACAAAACAUUAUAGCCUUCCAAUAUAGAGGAAAGUUGUACUACAGAACGUUCAAAAAUAUAAAAAAAGGGGAGGAACUCUUGGUUUAUUACGGAAAUGACUUUGCCAGUGAGUUGGGUAUUGAAGAGAAGACAUACUUUGACACAAAUCUGAAUAUCGUGGGAAGUAACACCAAGAAGGCAGAUAAGGAGAUUGAAAACAAAAUCGAGUAUUUGGUACCCAGAGAAGAGAAAGCAAUUUUGGAUUUUUAUAAAUGUGAAUACUGUUUUUGGUGUUUUACGACAGAAGACUUCAAGUUAAUACAUAUGAAGAGGUGCAAAUCUAGAAAUGAUAAAGUUGGAGAAACUUUCGAUUGCGUUUAUGAGUGUAAACAUUGUUCAAUACAAUUUUUCAACAAAGAAUUAUGUUCAAACCACGAGAUAAAAAGGGCAAAAUUGAAGCCGGUCAUUUACGAAGAAGUGCCGGAACCUAACGAUGACAGAUACGUUUUUUGUGAUAAAUGUGGCACGGACAACGUAGACUUCUGCAAGAAAUGUGGCGUAUUAAGGUUAAUAACAGACAAAAAAGUUCCGAUGGGUGUUGAAGAUAGGGCGAAAAAAACUCUGCCCUCGUGCAUGGAGAUACGAGAUUCGCCAAUACACAAUUUGGGGGUGUUUGCCAAGGAAGACUUGGAAAACAAUCUCCAAAUGGGGCCUUACGAAGGUUUGGUAAAUGGUAUGGACGAGAAGAAUUCAAAUUGGUUGCGUUAUGUGAAUUGUGCCAGACACGUGAAUGAACAAAACAUUAUAGCCUUCCAGUACAGAGGAAAGUUAUAUUACAGAACGUUCAAAAAUAUAAAAAAAGGGGAGGAACUUUUGGUUUAUUACGGAACUGAAUUUGCAAAAGAAUUGGGUAUUAAAGAGAAAAAUUACUUCGACGCAAAUCAGAAUAUCGUGGAAAGUACAAUCAAGAAGGCUGUUAAGGAGAUUGAAAACAAAAUCGAUUAUUUGGUACCCAGAAAAGAGAAAGCAAUUUUGGAUUAUUAUAAAUGUGAAUACUGUUUUUGGUGUUUUACAACAGAAGACUUCAAGUUAAUACAUAUGAGGCGAUGCAAAUCUAGAAAUGAUAAAGUUGGGGAAAAUUUUGAUUGCGUUUAUGAGUGUAAACAUUGUUCAAUACAAUUUUUUAACAAAGAAUUAUGUUCAAACCACGAGAGAAAGUGUCUAAACCCGAUAGUUAGAGUUGAAAAAGAAAAGUUAUUUGAAUUGACUUUAAUGUUCAUAUGA